AUGGGCAUCCUCCAAGAUGCCCUCAGCCAUCCGACGGCGCAGCUCUACUUUGAGCAGAGCGUUGGCGCGCAAGUCGCCAUUGGCGUUGCUGGCUUCCUCGCCGUCGUCGUCUUCUUCAAUGUCGUCCAGCAAUUGCUCUUCAAGAACCCCUCCGACCCGCCCAUGGUUUUCCACUGGUUCCCCUUUAUUGGCAGCACCGUGAUCUACGGCAUGGAUCCCCCCAAGUUCUUCCGCGACAAUCGUGCAAAGUACGGCGACGUGUUUACCUUUGUCCUGCUCGGCAAGAAGACGACCGUGGCCGUGGGCCCUGCUGGAAACGACUUUAUUCUCAACGGCAAGCUCAAGGAUGUCAACGCCGAGGAGAUUUACAGUGUCUUGACCACGCCCGUCUUCGGACGAGACGUCGUCUAUGACUGCCCCAACGCCAAGCUGAUGGAGCAGAAGAAGUUCAUGAAAAUUGCUCUUACGACCGAAGCGUUCAAAAGCUACGUUCCCAUCAUCUCCCACGAGGUUACAUCAUACUUCAAGCGCGACCCUGCCUUCAAGGGCAAGUCUGGAAUUGUCGAUAUCCCCAAGAAGAUGGCCGAGAUCACAAUUUUCACUGCCUCCCACGCCCUCCAGGGCAGCCUCAUCCGCAGCAAGUUUGACGAGUCACUGGCCGAUUUGUACCACGACCUUGACAUGGGCUUCACCUCCAUCAACUUUGUGCUCCACUGGGCUCCUCUCCCCUGGAACCGCAAGCGUGAUCACGCUCAGCGCACCGUUGCCAAGAUCUACAUGGAUACCAUCAAGGAACGACGAGCGCUGGGUGAAGAUGACAAGGAGCUGGAUAUGCUGAAGCACCUCAUGAAGUCGGCCUACAAGAACGGCAACCCUGUUCCUGACCACGAGAUUGCCCACAUGAUGAUUGCCCUUCUCAUGGCUGGCCAGCACUCUUCGUCCUCCACCAGCUCUUGGAUCAUGCUCCGUCUUGCUCAGUACCCCCAGGUUGUCGAAGACCUCUACCAGGAGCAAGUCAAGGCCCUGGGCGCCGAUCUGCCUCCCCUCCAGUACGAGGAUUUCGCCAAGCUGCCCCUGAACCAAGCUAUCGUCAAGGAGACUCUCCGCCUGAACGCCCCUAUCCACUCCAUCAUGCGCAAGGUCAAGCAGCCGAUGCCCGUCCCCGGUACCAAAUAUGUCGUCCCCACUUCUCACGUUCUUCUCGCUGCUCCUGGCGUCAGUGGCUCUGACCCUACCUACUUCCCCAACCCUGAUAAGUGGGAUCCUUACCGCUGGCUGCCUGGCUCUCCCAACGCUCCCCUGAUGGCCCGAAAUGACGAGGAGGAAGAGAAGAUCGACUAUGGCUAUGGUAUUGUCAGCAAGGGCGCGGCCUCUCCUUACCUCCCCUUUGGUGCCGGCCGUCACCGAUGCAUUGGCGAGCACUUUGCCAAUCUCCAGCUCCAGACCAUCAUUGCCGAGACGGUGCGCAUAUUCAAGCUGAGCAACGUGGACGGCAGCAACAACAUUGUCGCCACAGACUACGCUUCCCUAUUCUCUCGACCUCUUGAGCCUGCCAAGAUUCGGUGGGAGCGGAGAGACUAA